AUGCUGCCCUCGCGCGAUCCGCCGCCCCCGUUCGACCACCCCUCUUUCGGUCCCACCCUCCUCGUCCCAGACAAGUCGGACACCGUCUCUGUCCACUCGACCGGCAGCGCAACCUCCAAGCGUAAUCCUUGGCGCCGACCCACUUCCCCUGCGGACGGCACCCCUCGCUCAUCGACGUUCUCGAGCAAGCCCCCUGGGCUCGGCAAAUCCCCUCCCCGCAAGAACACCGCCAGCGGCGGCCUCGCCUCCGCCCUCGCUGCUUCUGGGCUCGCGAUGGCGAACCCGGCCAUGAUGUUCCCGCCCACACUCGCCCCGCGGAAACGACGUCGAGCCACGGACGCACGUCUUUCGACCGCAAGCCUCGCUCCCGCUCCCGCGGGCCGUCCUAUGAACGGCGCCGCCAGCUUCGACGACCUGCUCCUCGAUCCCGAAGACAUUCCCGUGACUGGCUUUGCGGUGGCGAGCAACAAGCGCAACCAGGACUUCCAUGAGCUUUUCCCGACCGUGCCCGAGGGCGACUACCUCAUUGAAG